GUAAGAAGAUGGCGGUACAAUGGUGGUUGACGGUGCCGAUGGUGCUUUGUGGUGAUAGUCGUUAGUUCUUGCAGAACCACCGACGCGUUAAUCAUUCAUUUAAUAGUGUAAAGCGCUCUCGAAUUUCGCGAGAAAUAUAAUCAACAAACACACUUAUAAAAUCCAGUUUACUCGUUAAAAAAAGUGUUUUAAAAUUAAUUGUCGCGUGUGCUAUUGACAAAUAUUGUCUUUUCUAAUUUGAAACGUACAUGGAAUGCUCGCGUAAAUUAUACAGUAUAUAAAAUAUUAAUUUUUUGAAAAAUUGAUUAGUAAUAUACAAUUAAUAUCUCCGUAAUGAUGCAAAGAUCAUCUGCUGCUCAUCAAUUAUUUUCUAUCUUUAUCAAUCAUAUAAUCAGCAAUUAUAUAUAAGUGUACGUUCAAUACGAAUUUGAGUGAUUUUGGGUCUGCGUAGGUGUUGCGUCGCGCUGAGCAUACUCGGGUGAUGAGAGACGGAUCUGAAAAUGAGGAUAGACCUGGUGGAAGUUGAAGUAUCGACGGAGGAGGAGUGCUCGCCCAUCGCCACCGCCGUCGCCGCAGUGGAUAGCAGCAGCAUGGACAGCAGCCCGGACGAUUACGACGGAGUCGAGGCUGAACUGACAAGCCUCUCCUGGUUGCAAUCGUUGGACAUUACCAGCGCGUCCGGUUUGCCGACGCCGCCUUGUUCGCCAUCACCACCGCCGGUCGCCCGUCAACCCCCGAAGAAAUUGUCGCCCUUGAUCAAGGCCGAAUUGGAUCUCGCGGAAAAUGCCGACAAGUAUCGCACGGAUCCCGAUGCGAAGCCGCCGUUCUCUUACGCCACCAUCAUUUGUCUCGCUAUGCGCGCCAACAAUAAUAAGGUCUCCCUUUCCAACAUCUAUGCAUGGAUUCGAGAGAAUUUCCUGUUUUACAAAUACGCCGAUCCAGCCUGGCAGAACUCGAUUCGGCACAACCUUUCGCUGAACAAGUGUUUUGUCAAACUACCUCGUUCCAAAGAUGAGCCAGGCAAGGGUGGUUUUUGGAAGUUGGAUCUCGAAAGAAUGGAAGAGGGCAAACGGUCCAGGCGUCGCUCCGCGAUCUCGCAGCGAAUUCGCAACUCCAAGAGGCAAUCCUUAUCCGCGACGACUUCGACGACGACGACGGCGACGACGAUAACGACGGCAGCAACGACGCUCAAUGCUCUUCAAAACAGCUGCUCGCCGCCCACCAGCUGUCUAUCCAGCACCCUAUACGAGACCCCGCCUAGUAGCGUGUCGCCCCCGAUUCCGGACAGUCUGUCGGAAGUGCCGGAAUCGACGCAAGUGAGCCUGAGCGAGGACGAUAUCACGAGCCUGCUAAUCGCUGAUUGGGACGAGAAUAAUCAACUGGAGCUCCUCGAUCUCUUGGACACCCUCUAAACCGGGCCAAGGUGACUCUCUUUCUCUCUCUCGCAAAUGCCUCUCAGGAAUCAUUGGCGAAACACACAAAUGUUCUCGUCCCUCCUUUACGUCUCCUCCUCCGACUUCCUGUUCCAUUCGAUCGACGCAAAUAAUAGCGGGUUUUUUUUUUAAGAUCGACCUGAAACAAUAUAAAUUUUUAAUUCUAUCGGAUCCUCGCGAUAACUCUUUUAUAAAUCAUAAUUGCGCGAACAAUUAAUUAUGUAAUUAAACAUUUACACUCAAGACGGUUUCAUCUAAUCGUGCGUUAAGAACAGACAUAUCAUUCUCGUUAAUUAAAGCGCGAUUAAUUUACAAUCGAAACGUUGAGAGGAAAGGUAAGGAAGAAACACCAAAUAAUAAUAAUAAAUAAAAGCAAUUUUUUUUCUUCCUUGAUAGUGAGCUGAUUCACAGAAAGAUGAAACCUCGCGCAAUUUCAGUGUGCCUAUAACGAGAUUGUCUUAACACGCCGUCCAAUCAUGUUAAAAACAUGUUAUAAUAUAUAACGUAUAUAAGAAUAUUCUGUUGUUGCCGAAAGUGUGGCCGAUAGUGUGGCAAACAUAUAUUAUAAUUGAUUGAAGUAUUAUUAGAUUACGCCGUGAAAUAUUCGCCGUGACCGGCGAUAUGAUGAGGAAUAUCAGUGCGUUUUCGAUAUACAAAUUUUAUAUAUCUAUAAGCAGCAAUAAUGAAAAAAAUUCGUCGU